AUGUGGGUGUCCGAGCGUUUCCUUUUCCACUGCGGACUCCUCCUCGUCGUGUGUUCCGUGCAUUUGGUGGCAACUCGAGCGAUUAGCGAGAAGACCAACCUGGAUUUGCUCUUCGACAUCCUCAAUAUCACCGAUUCGGAUCAGGACGUGGCCAAUUCCACUCAACAACCCGUACGACAUGACUUACUAGAACAACCAGCAUUUUUUUUUUUUUGCAAUUUGUAGAAGCGCAUCGACCCGUCAAUGUACAUAAGUCUGCGUGAAAAUGAUUGGAGAGACGCGCACGAGGGUCGGAUGAUCAUCUGGAGCCACGAGUCACAACAUCAUCCGGACUACGCGAAGACGUACACGGACCGCAGCAAACCGUACACUUAUCGGUAAGCGAACGCGUUUUCUGCUGGAAAAAGACAACGAGGAGGGUGAAUGCAGAGGCUUCAGACAAUCGAAAUCGUCGCAACUCAUGUCGUUCUGCAUCCUCGGGUCAGUCAUCGGGUUCAUUCUCUACACAUAUUUCUCGCACGUGCUCAUGAUGCGCAAACUGAAUCGGGAGCGCGAGGCUUCGAGGCUCAGAGAACUCGUGCACAGGUUCGUUUGUUGCAAAAAGUCAAUCCGAAUUCGAAAUGCGUUUUCUAGUUAGCAGGAACCUUUCAAUCCUUGGUUGUGACACUUGGAAAAUUCUCAAAAAAAUUCUGAAUAGCACGCUGAAAUUUUUUUAGAAUAGGGCCGAAUUUUUUGGGAUUUUCUAGAACGUUUCACAGUGCUUUUGAAGUGCUCUUUUUCGACUUUCCCCACGUGAACAUAAUUGAAUUUUCUUCUGCCUAUCCUAAACUUGUUGAAAAAGUGAAAAAUCCGAAAAAAAUUCGGCCUAAUUCUGCACAAAAUUCUCAAAAAUCAGAAAAAUUCUGAAUAGCACGCUCAAUACUUUUUUGAAUUUUCUAGAACGUUCCAAAGUGCUUUUGAAGUGCUCUUAUUUAUUGCUUAUCCUAAACUUGCUGAAAAGGUGAAAAAUCCGAAAAAAAAUUCGGCCAAAUUCUGAAAAAAAUUCUCAAAAAUCAGAAAAAUUCUGAGCAGCACGCUCAAUUUUUUUUAGAAUAAAGCCGAAUUUUUUUUUGGAUUUUCUAGAACGUUCCGCGGUGCUUUUGAAGUGCUCUUUUUUGACUUUCCCCACGUGACCAUAAUUGCAUUUUCUUCUGCCUAUCCUAAACUUGCUGAAAAAGUGAAAAAUCCAAAAAAAAUUCGCCCUAAAUCUGAAAAAAAAUUCUCAAAAAUCAGAAAAAUUCUGAGCAGCACGCUCAAUUUUUUUAGAAUAAAGCCGAAUUUUUUUUUGGAUUUUCUUGAACGUUCCACGGUGCUUUUGAAGUGCUCUUAUUUAUUGUUUAUCCUAAACUUGCUGAAAAAGUGAAAAAUCCGAAAAAAAAAUCGGCCUAAUUCUGAAAAAAUUUGAGCGUGCUAUACAGAAUUUUUUUACACGGCGACCAAAAAAAACGUAGAAAGGGGCGUGGCCUAGCGUGCACGGUUUCGUCACCAUUUUGGCGCGAAAUUCGAAAUUUAACCCCAUUUUUUUCAUGUUUUUCGUCAAAAAUUACCCAAAUUUUGUACGAUUUCGACGAUGUAAUUGCAUAACUUUGUUAAACUAAUCAUCGCGCGCACUUUUUCGAGCUUAAAACGAGCAGGUUUCAUUCAGAAAUGAAUCAAUUGAAUCGAUUUUCAAGUUUUGUGCUGAAAAUGCGCGAAUUUCAGUCAUUCGCCGAUACUUUUUGCCGUUUGAACGCUUAAAAUACUUGUAUUAACGUGCUUUAUCACUUCCGACACUCACUUCGUCUCAAAACAAUCCGGAUCGGCCGGUAUGAAAAUUCCGAAAUUGCGAAAUAUGCCAAAAACGUCUCAAACGCGGCGUUUUCACGAAAAUUUCGAUUUUUUCUCUGUUCAAUGUCUUUUUUCGUCGAUAUCAAACAUAAAAAUAUCGGAAAAGUGCUAGAUUUGCGGCAAUUUUCAGAAAACGCGCCUACACUUUUGGUCGCCGUGAUCUCAAGAAAAAAUAAUGUAAAAAAUCGUUUCAGAUCCGCACUAAUCAUGGCCGGCUCCGCACAACAGAACGAAUUCGACUUUUCGGAGCGGCGUCGCUCUCUGAUCAACAUGUUCAAGGCGUUCAAAUUGUGA